AUGGCGGUUCGUGCUCAGUUCGAAAACUCCAACGAGGUCGGUGUCUUUGCCACCUUGACCAACUCUUAUGCUCUGGUUGCCCUUGGUGCCAGUGAGAACUUCUACAGUGUCUUCGAGGCUGAACUUCAAGAUAUUGUCCCUACCGUUCGCACCACCAUCGCCGGUACCCGUAUCAUUGGCCGCUUGACUGCCGGUAACCGAAAGGGUCUUCUCGUCCCUACCACCACAACCGACCAGGAGCUGCAGCAUCUGCGCAAUUCGCUACCCGAUUCAGUCCGCAUCCAGCGUAUUGAGGAGCGCCUGUCAGCCCUUGGAAAUGUUAUCGUCACAAAUGAUCAUAUCGCCCUCGUUCAUCCUGAUCUGGAGCGCGAAACAGAAGAGAUUAUUGCAGAUGUGCUCGGCGUGGAAGUGUUCCGACAGACUGUCGCCGACAAUGUUCUAGUGGGUAGUUACAUGAGCCUUUCCAACCAGGGAGGUCUCGUGCACCCCAAGACACCCAUUCAAGACCAGGACGAGUUGUCCAGCUUGCUCCAGGUUCCUCUCGUCGCCGGUAGUGUCAACCGUGGUUCCAACGUUGUCGGCGCUGGAAUGGUUGUCAACGAUUGGCUCGCCGUUACUGGUCUCGACACCACCGCCACCGAGCUCAGCGUUAUCGAGAGCGUGUUCCGCCUCGGCGAGGGCCAGGGCCCCAGCAACAUCAACACCAGCAUGAAGGACACCAUGGUCGAGUCUUUCUACUAA